UCGAAAACACUGUGGGUCACGUGUGUCCCCUUGAAGCUUCCGUAGUUAGUCACAUGAGUUCGCAGAUUGUUUAUAGUCAGCAGCUGAUAUGUUGCUGUCAUAGAGAGACAUAGCUGGUCGAAAAUGCUCUCAGAGUGGUAAAAAAUGAUUUUACAUGAACGUUUCCGAACAUCGACAGUGAUUUGACUCAUUUACCCGGUGUAACUGAAGUGUUUUUUGGAUCGAAAGUAGAACCGGAGCAGAACUGACACAUUGUAGCCUAUCAGACGCGUCCUGUCAGUCAAAUCUCGCUACAGUGUUUCGAUGUGGCACAGUUGUAAAUACAUUCCAAUAGAGAUUCAGUUGACGUGACUGAUAUUGUGUUUUAAUAAAGAGUAUCAACAGAACGCAGCGCGCGUCUCCGCCAGGCGGUUUCGCAACAUGCAGAUACACUGAUUUGCCUUAUUAUUAGUUUGCAUGUAAAAUCAGUUGUGAUUUAGAAGAGCAGCAUGCUGCGAUGGAUUCUGGGGGGUCGAGAGGCGCAGGGGACAGUGGAGAAGAGCGCGGCGCUGUUCAUUGGGGAGGAACAGCCCAAAAACUGUUUCACGGAGAUGCAGGUGCUGAAAGGACACUUUGACAUUGUUCGAUUUCUGGUGCAGAUUGAUGACUUAAGGUUUGCAUCUGCUGGAGACGAUGGUCAGGUGCUGAUUUGGAAUAUUGAGACUGGUGAUUGUUUGUUGGAGUUGCGCGGCCAUACGCAGCAGAUCACUGCAAUGACAUCAUACACCAUCAUCAGAGGCGGAAACACACACACAGCUCUCAUUACAGCAUCAUCAGACCGAACACUCAGUUUAUGGGAUACAGAUUCAGGAAACCGAGUGCAGAAUAUAUCUGAUCUCCAGUCCUCUGUGAAGUGUUUGCUGGUGUUGGAUCGCUUGGACGUGUGGCUCUCGGGUGGAAAUGAACUGUGUGUUUGGAACAGAGACUUUGAGCUGCAGUGUAAAACAGUUCAUCACAGUGAUGAAGGAAUCUCAGCCAUGCUGGAGCUACCCAAGAACUUCAUUGCAGCUGCCAUGGAUAAAGAGAUUGUGAUUUUUAAGUUGAACCUGUCGGGCUCAGACAUUGUGGUUAUGGCCAUGCGUCAUCUCGCUGACCAUCGUGACACCAUCCGUUCUCUCAUCAACAUCAACGACGGCUUGUUUGCGAGUGGCUCUCAUAUCGGUGAGCUCAUCAUCUGGGAUUCAGUGGAUUGGACGAUCCAGGCUUAUGAGCACAUUGUGUGGGAGGAGCCAGCAGUAGACAACCAAUCAGAGGUCAGACUGACUCAACAGAAACCGAUCGAGAAGUCCAUUCAACACAUGAGCUCAGAUGGAGAGUUUAUAGUGGCAGCUGUCGGCAGUGGUCUGUAUGUUUAUGAUGUGCCGAGAAAGUGCGUGGUGGCGUAUAGGAAGAUCGCCCAUGAUUCUUGUGUCUUGCACACCAUGCUGCAAAAGGACGGGCAGUUGAUGUCGUGCUCUGAGGACGGCAGUGUGAGGAUGUGGGAGUUACAGGACCUCCCCCUUCCUGCUGAACCCGCCUCCUCAGGUUUUUUUGGCAUGUUUGGCACUUUUGGCAGGUCCAGUAAGCAGUCAUGCCCUCCUGUCACGAAACUCCCAGAAGUCCCUGGUCUGCGCUCGCUGCAACUGAACGGUGAUCUGAUUGGUCAUUCUGGAGCUGUGCAGAUGUUCCUGAGUUUUAAGGAGAAGGGUCUGGUCACCUGCUCCACGGAUCACCUGCUCAUCGUGUGGAAAGAUGGAGAGCUGCAGUCUCAACUCCGCAGUCUCGCCGUCUUCCAGAAACUGGAGGAAAAUCAGGAACUGUGACGUAACCUGCAAACAUUUCCCCCAUCAUCUUCAGGUCGUGUUUUAAAUACUAACACCUUUCUUUGCCUUACUAACCAUCUGCAAAGCCAUGUCACAUCAGUGUUCAGUAUGAUACAAUGCUUACAAUGUUGUGAUUUUAAUUCGUUGGUUUUAUGAGUGGCUUUUAAAUAAGUGUCUUAUAGUGAACUUCUGUUGAUUUGUAUAUAUUGUGUGAUUGAUGCGAGUGUAAUUUUAAAACUGAUUUUUUAACAGUGCAAUGGAAACGUCUUAUUUGUUAACAUUAGUUAAUGCAUUAGCUAAUGUGGACUAACAAUGAGCAAGAUUAUUUUUGUUACAGCAUGCAUUAACCUUUAUUAAUGUUACUUUAUACAGUUGUUCAUGUAGUUCACAGUGGAUUAACUAAUGCAUACAACUUUUGAUUUUAAUGUUAGUAUAUGUUGAAAUGAACAAUAUAUUUGUUGAAGUAUUGCUCAUUUUUGGUUGAUUUUAACUAAUAUAUCUAAUAAUCAAUGUGAUUUUGAAUACCUCUUGAAUGUAUGGUUCUGUAUUUCUUACAAAAGUGCAGUUGAUUAAAGCUUGUUGUGUCCAUGUAAAAUCAGA